AUGGCGCGGCCGAACACGCUGCCCAUGGGCGCGGCGCUCGUCGCCGCGGGCGCCUGGGGCACGCGCGGCGCGCCGCCGGCGGCGGCGGACGUCGGCUCCGCGCUCCGGCUCGGCGUCGCCGUCGCGUGCACGACGAUCGUCACGGCCGGGUCCAUGCUGAUCAACGACUACUUCGACCACAAGCACGGCGUCGACACGCGCGCGACGAAGCCGGACCGGCCGCUCGUCGCGGGCGACGUCCGGCCCGCGACCGUCAAGCUCGUGCUCAAGUGGGCCUACGCGGCGCUCCUGGCGCUCAUCUGUCUGAUCGACACGGCGACGAUGCGGCUCUGGGUCCUCGCGAACGCGCUCGCGACCUACGUCUACACGCGGCACCUCAAGCCCGUGCCGGUGGUCAAGAACGCGGCCUGCGCGGCCGUCGUCGCCAUGGCCGUCGGCCUCGGCGGCCUCGCGCGCGGCGGCGGCGUCGGGAGCCUGGCGCCGCUCGGCCCGGCCAUGGCGGCCACGGCGGGCCUCAUCUGCCACCGGGAGAUGCUCAUGGACUGCAAGGACCGCGACGGCGACGCCUCGGCGGGCGUGCGCACCGCGGCGGUCGUCUUCGGGCGGCCGCGGGCCGCGGCGCUGUCGCUCCUGCCCCUCGCCGGCGCCGUCGCCGCGUCCCCGGGCCGCGCCGCCGCGCCGCUCCUCGCCCAGGCCGCGCUCGCGCUCCGGGCCGCGCGGUCCUUCGGGCGCGCCGAGCUCCGCGACGCCAUCGAGCUCGCGCCGCUCUGGCUCGCGGCGACGCUCGUCCUGCUGCUCGCCUUCUACGACGUGCUCGAGGUCGACGCCGACGCGUCGCAGGCCGAAUGCAAGGCGGCCUACCUGCGGCUCGCGAAGCGCUACCAUCCCGACGCGAACCCGGACGAGUCCGCGGCGACGAAGUUCAAGGCCGUGUCCGAGGCCUGGGAGACCGUCGGCGACCCGGAGAAGCGCGCGCGCUUCGACGAGCGCCUUAGCAGCGGCGUCCGCGGCGGCGGCGGCGACGCCUGGGCGAAGCAGCGGCGCGACGCGCGGCGCAACGCCUUCGGCAGCGACUCGCGGAAGCUGACGCAGAUGGAGCGGCUCCUGGGGCCCCGGGGCCUCGGCGCCGCGGCGGCGGCGCUCGCGCUCGUCCUCUUCUUCAGCUCCGGCGCGCGGGCGCCGGCCGUCGACGAGAGCCUCGUCAGGGACUGCUGGAUCAACCCGCGCACGCGCCGCGUCGAGCCGCCCGCGCCCUGGGACCCGGACUACAAGAAGGCCAAGGCCGCGGGCCAGACGCGCACCGUGAAGCGGAGCGAGCUCGGGCCCUACCUCAACCCCGGGAGCGCGCCGGCGCGGGAACGCGUCACGGGCACCUUCAUCUGGGCCUUCUGGCUCGGGCCCAUGUUCGCGACGUCCUUCGUCGGCCUCGGCUUCAUGUGCCACGUCCUAUACGUCAUCGCGCGGAAACCGACGACGGCCGUGUCGCCGCAGCACCGCGCGGCGCCCGCGGCCCCGCCGCCGGGCGCGGAGGCGACGCGGCGGUCGCGGUUCCGCAAGUCCCUGGCGUCCAUCGCGGCGGCGGCGGCGAAGGCGCGCGCGUCGGCGACGCCGGCGAUCUUCGACGACCCGGGCUUCGCGCGGAAGAUGGGCUUCGCGGGCACCCGUGCGCAAAUCAAAUCUUCAACCCGACUUCAAUGUGAUCGUAUUCGAAAUGCGGGCACGCCCCUCGUCUUCAUCGUGCUCCACUGCGCGAACAUGAUCUUCAUGUUCUGCUGCUUCGCCAUCGCCGUGGACGCCAUGGCGCAGGAGGCGGGGUCCGACGCGUGGGAGCGGUGGAUCGCGUGCCUCCUGGAGGAGAGCUACUUCGACGGCGACGCGGGGCCCUGCCGGGGCGCGCCGGGCGGCUACCCCUACUCCAAGGUCGUGCUCUACUUCGUCUUCUUCGGCGUCGGCAGCGCCCAGGGCUGCGCCUGCUUCUUCACCUUUGGGCUGCAGCGCAAGUCGCUGGACGCGUGGCGGGCCUACGUCGGCGAGGUCCGCGCGCGGCGGCCGCGCCUCGACGCCUGCCUCCGGGGGCCCCGGGCGCUCAUCCCGCGCCGCGUCGAGCUGCCCGCGCUCGCGCGCGCCGCGAAGCCGGGGGCCACCGUCGACGCCUACGACGGCGACGACGUCCGCGUCUCGGAGAACCCGAUGCGCCUCGAAGAGGCCGCCGGCGACGAGGAGGCCGGGGCCGAGGGCGACGAGGGCGUGCUCGUGGAUAUCCCACUCGACGACACGCCGCGGCCGUCCGACGACGAAGCGGAGGCGCCGCCCCACGCGCCGCCUCCGGCCGCCGCGGCGCCGCCGGAGAUCGAGUCGACUCCCGACGACGCGGCGCCGCCUCCGGACGACCCGCCUCCGGACGACGCGGCGCCUCCCGAGGACGAGUCGACUCCCGACGACGCGGCGGCUGCCGAGGACGAGUCGACUCCGGACGACGCGGCGGCUGCCGACGACGCGGCGCCGCCUCCGGACGACCCGCCUCCGGACGACGCGGUUCCUCCCGAGGACGAGACCGCCGCGCCGCCGGCCGACGAGGCCCCGGACGACGACUUCGCGCGCGCGCUCGACGAGCUCGCGCCGCCUCCGGACGACGCGCCGCCGACCGAGGGGGCGGCCGCGCACGACGUUAUGGCGCGCGCGCUCGACGAGCUCGACGCCUACGACGACAAGGACCCCGACCACGCCGCGGCGCUCGUGCGCCCUUCGCAAGACGCAAGCGUGGUCUAG